AAACGACAAAGUGUUCGUGCCUUCUUCGUGCAUGCAUGGUCUUGCUGCCUUUGUGCCCAUACUAGUAAUACCUGCGUGUCCCUGUUUGGCUCUUGGUUUUCCUCAGUUCGAAGGAGCGCUGCCUAGAUCUAGCUCUUUGUUCUGCUUUUUCCGCAUCUUAUGAGGACACGAGGUGUUGUCACUGGUUCUUUUCUUGAUGUUCAGAAGUCUGCUGAAUUGGUAAUAAUUCAGUAUGUUCGGUCUCCGUACAAGCUGUGCUUUGGCUGGAGCAGCGGCAGCGGGAGUGACACUGUGCUCCGACAGGAAUAGACUGCUGUCUCCGCAGUCGCAGGCUCAGACGAGCCCCGUCAGUCCUGACCCGUUGACAUGGCGGACGAGAAGCCGCGUUGAGGAGCUGUCCGCUUUGAACGGCAAGGACGAGUACGAUGUUGUGAUCAUCGGUGGCGGUGCCACGGGCAGUGGUGUGGCUCUGGACUGUGCGUCGCGAGGUUUGAAAACUGCGCUGGUGGAACGAGAGGACUUUGCCUCCGGUACGUCAGCUAGGAGCACGAAGCUCAUCCAUGGCGGCGUUCGGUACUUGCAGAAUGCUAUCAUGAAGCUGGACCGUGAGCAGUAUGGCCUUGUGAAGGAGGCGCUGCACGAACGCGCGAAUUUGCUGCGCAUCGCCCCGCAUUUGUCCCAGCCCUUGCCCAUUAUGCUGCCUGUUUACAGAUGGUGGCAGGUGCCAUACUACUACGCUGGUAUCAAGAUGUACGAUUUUGUGGCAGGCAGACAGUGCAUCAAGCGCAGCUAUUUCCUCAGCAAGAACAAAGCCCUGGAGAAGUUCCCCAUGCUGAAGAAGGACAAGCUGUGCGGCGCCAUCGUGUAUUACGACGGGCAGCAGAACGACUCGCGCAUGUGCUUGGCGAUAGCGCUGUCGGCCGCUCGCGAGGGAGCUACACUGGCCAACUAUGUUGAAGUGAAUGGACUGAUCAAGGAGAAGAGCGAAACGGACGGUGGGAAAGAGGUGAUCCGCGGUGUCCAGGUCGUCGACCGAAUGACCGGCGAGGAGUUCACCAUUCGCGCCAAGUGCGUCGUGAACGCCACCGGCCCGUUCACCGACAGUAUCCGCCGCAUGGACGACCAGGAGCGCGCGCCGAUCUGCCAGCCGUCCGCCGGCGUGCACAUAGUCCUGCCGGCGUACUAUAGUCCGGCGUCCACCGGCCUCCUGGAUCCCUCCACCAGCGACGGCCGUGUCAUCUUCUUCCUGCCGUGGCAGGGGAGGACGAUCGCCGGCACCACCGACUCUGCGACUGCGAUCACGGACCGUCCGCAGCCCGCCGAGGAGGACAUCCAGUUCAUUCUGAACGAGAUCCGCCACUACCUGAGCCCGGACGUCAAUGUUCGUCGCGGCGAUGUGCUGGCCGCCUGGUCCGGCCUGCGACCGCUGGUAUCGGACCCGUCGUCGAAGAACACCGCGUCCCUGUCCAGGAAUCACGUCAUCGACGUCAGCGACUCGCGCCUCAUCACCAUCGCCGGCGGCAAGUGGACCACAUACCGCUCCAUGGCCAAGGACACGGUGGACCGUGCCGUCAAGGUCUGCAAGGACCUGAAGCCGAAGCGGGAGAGCGCCACGGACGGCAUGACGCUGCACGGAGGACAUGGCUACACGCCGCUGCUCAGCAUCUGUCUUGCUCAGGACUACGGACUCGACGGAGAGGUGUCGGAGCACUUGUGCGAGUCUUACGGCGACCGCGCACUGGAGGUGGCCAAGCUCGCGUCCCUCACUGGCUGCCGGUGGCCAGUGGUCGGUCGGCGUCUUGUCAACGAGUUCCCGUACAUCGAGGCCGAGGUGCGCUACGCCGUGCGGCAGGAGAUGGCGCUCACCGCGAUCGACGUCAUCGCCAACCGCCUGCGCAUCGCCUUCCUGAACGUCCAGGCCGCGCAGGAGGUGCUGCCGCGCGUCGUCGACCUGAUGGCCGAGGAGCUGAAGUGGAACAAGGCGCAGAAGCAGGCGCAGCUCGAGUCCGCGCAGACCUUCCUGAUGAGCAUGGGCGGCAAGGCGCGCAAGGAGAUCCGCGAGGUGCCCAUCAACUUCAGCCCCGAGGAGAUCACCGCCUACGAGAAGAUCUUCAAGCGAGUGGACACGGACGGCGACGGCCACAUCAGCAUCGUGGACCUGCGCAAGGUGCUGGCCGACAUCGGCGAGGAGGUGAGCGACACGCAGCUGCGCGAGCUCAUCGCCGAGGUCGACACGAACUGCAACAGCCUGAUCGAGUUUGACGAGUUCCUGGCGCUGAUGAGCGCGCACAAGACCGGUGCCGUGGCCAACAACCGCCUGGCGCAGAUCGUCAAGCAGUACCGCCGCAUCGAGGUGGAGCGCAGCGGUGGCAGCUUCUGACUAGACGGCCUGCCGGACACGACACAGGACACCCCCACUGCACUGUAACCGUAGCAGCAGGAGUGGUAAUGGUGGCCGUAGCUUCUGACAAGCCAGCGCUUGCUGAGUUUGCACUGCGGCCAGUGCAUAGUACGAGUAUGGCAGUGCCUUCUCAACUCAUGUCACCAGCACUCCGACUCUAUUCUGUUUCGUAUCUGGUCUCUAUAGUUUGUUCUCUUUCACCGGCUCUAUGUCCGAAGUCCUUGGGUACGAACCAAGGCAAGAAGCACGAUCAAGAUUUAUCUCACCUUCGUCACCCACCUCCGUUACUGGUCAAUACUAGGAAUCCCACUUUAUAUAUUGAAACGGAGGGCUCUCCGUCGGUUUACUGUCUUCUCGAAGCAAUUCGUGACUUCAAGUUCAACUCGUCUGUGUUACAGUUUCAGGUGGCCGGAAUGGGGCUUAUGUUCCUCGCUGCGCCCAUAUACCGUCCUGUGAGUACACUGUUUGUUUUAAUCAUAGUUUAUUGUCGCCUUGUUGGCCGUGAAGACUCCUUAUUUAGUAGAGUAGCGUAGUUAGUGGAUCCCAUUCUGCUUGCUGCUACUGCGCCUGCCCUCUGCACACGCCGAACCGCCUUAUAUGUCCACGUGUAUCCAUAGGCAGCUGUAUUGCUGUAUUUUAUCACACACACACACACACAUCUCCGUGCUGCGUUGUGCAUGUACGCACACUUGCACCACACUACACACCGUGCCAUUACACCGCCGCUGUGCCGUAAAAAUGUUGACGCACGAAACCGCCAUGUCCACCGCCGCUGAUACUUGAACGCUCUGCUAGUCCAUCCGUGUCUGUCCAUAUUUGUCCGUAUUUGUCGAUGUUUGCGUUUACGUGUUGUUCAUGUUUCACUCACACAUGCUGCGAUAUUAUUUUGUCGCUUUUGUUAUUAUUAUUUUUGUGUUAUUUGCUUUUCGGUGCGCCCUGCUGCACUGUAGGUUAACACUCAUGUUUCCUUGGCAACGUCGUAUGCUCAUCUGUGAUGAGCGUAUUGUGGAUUAGUUUCUCUCCGUCUCAUCCUCUGGUUAAUUAAAUCCCGUGCCCGUGCUAGCAUCGACACACAGACAAAAUGCACACGCUCUAUUUAUAUACGCUCGUGUGUACGUAACCUCAUCAUAGUACAGUUGUAUGUCCCAUGCAAGCCAACGGUAACAUGUUUGCUUCUCCGCGUUGUCGUCUUUGCUUACUUAUUUUCUACUGCGAAACCGUUCAAUUACUUUUUGCCCCCAUGAGCCCCGUACCUCUCGCAACUAUUGCUGGUUUUUACUGCACCGGAUUUUUCAUGACAAGAUUGAGGUCGAGUCCUUGAUACUUGUGUAUACGAGCACGCACUGUAUUCGAAUAAG